UUUAGCCUCAUUCAACCAAGGUGUCGCAUUUUAGGUUAAAUUUGAUAAUUUAAUCCGUUUCAUAUUAAGCUGACUUCAAAAAUCUUAAAAAAUGGUGCACAUGCUUAAACUGAAAAGUCUUUUAUUCCGCUCGUCAAGUACAAUCCGAUACAAUGUAUUAUCAAAGAGGUUCAUGGCUUCAGAAUCAAAGUUUGCAGAACACAAACCAAUUGAAUACAUAAGGAAUAUUGGAAUAUCAGCUCAUAUUGACUCUGGAAAAACAACAUUGACAGAGAGAAUUCUUUUCUACACUGGCAGAAUUUCUGAAAUGCACGAGGUGAAAGGUAAAGAUCAGGUCGGGGCUGUUAUGGACUCAAUGGAACUAGAAAGACAAAGAGGAAUCACCAUCCAAUCUGCUGCAACAUAUACGUUGUGGAAAAAUCACAAUAUCAACAUAAUUGAUACUCCUGGUCAUGUGGACUUCACAGUUGAAGUGGAGCGAGCACUGCGAGUUUUAGACGGAGCAAUUCUGGUGCUGUGCUCCGUUGGUGGAGUACAAAGUCAGACGCUCACAGUCAAUAGACAAAUGAAACGUUACAACGUCCCAUGUAUAGCCUUCAUCAACAAACUUGACAGAUUGGGUGCAGAUCCUAAAAGAGUGUUAAAGCAACUGAGGUCAAAACUCAAACAUAAUGCUGCUUUCCUGUCUAUUCCAAUCGGAGUGGAAAGUAAUCUUAAAGGAAUAAUUGACCUAAUCCAAAUGAAAGCUUUGUACUUUGAAGGGAGUUAUGGUGAAAACAUAAGGGAAGAAGAUAUCCCCAAAGACAUGAGAUCAGAAGCGGAAGACUACAGACAAGAAUUGAUCGAACAUGUGGCCAAUGCAGAUGAUCAACUUGGCGAGAUGUUCCUAUCUGAGAAAACGCCUAGUGAGAAGGAAAUCAUGGAUGGUGUGAGGAGGGCUUGUCUGAAACGUAACUUCACUCCUGUGAUGGUUGGUAGCGCACUCAAGAACAAGGGAGUACAGCCCCUGCUAGAUGGAGUACUGCAAUACUUACCCAACCCUGGGGAAGUGGAAAACUUUGCACUGAAGGAGACUUCAAAAGAUUCAGAACCACAAAAGGUGCUGAUGAACCCAGCUCGUGAUGGCAAGGCUCCGUUCAUGUCACUGGCCUUCAAGCUGGAGGCCGGACGCUUCGGUCAGCUGACCUACAUGCGUUGCUACCAAGGCAAGCUCGUCAAGGGAGAUCAGCUGUUCAAUGUCAGGACUAAUAAGAAGGUUCGCAUUCCACGGCUGGUUAGAUUACACUCAAAUCAAAUGGAAGACGUAAAUGAAGUGUAUGCUGGUGACAUAUUUGCUGUGUUUGGAGUAGACUGUGCUAGCGGAGACAGCUUUGUGACUGAUCCAAAACUGCAACUUACAAUGGAGUCCAUUUUUGUGCCUGAUCCGGUAAUAUCAAUGUCGAUCAACCCAGUUAACUCCAAAGACCGAGACAACUUUGCCAAGGCUGUCCAGAGGUUUACAAAGGAAGAUCCGACGUUCCAGUACGCUUACGACCCUGAUGUAAAGGAGACACUAGUAUCUGGGAUGGGCGAGUUGCAUUUGGAGAUUUAUGCUCAGAGGAUGGAGCGAGAGUACAACUGUCCCGUCGUGUUGGGUAAGCCGAAGGUAGCGUUCAGAGAAACAUUGGUCGCCCCAUUCAAGUUUGACUACUUUCACAAGAAGCAACAUGGUGGCCAGGGACAGUACGCAAGGGUGAUCGGCAUACUGGAGCCACUCCCUCCUCACCAGAACACUGUUAUCGAGUUCAAAGACGAAACCAGUGGACCAAACCUACCUAAAGUCUACGUGCCAUCUGUGAAGAAAGGAUUUGAAUUCAUGUGUCAAAAAGGCUGGCUGUCUGGCAACAAGUUGGCUGGUUUAAGGAUGAGACUACAAGACGGAGCUCAUCACUCUGUUGACUCCAGUGACUUAGCCUUCAACUUGGCUACACAAGGAGCUCUCAGGCAAGCGUUUGAGGAGGCUACAUGGCAAAUUCUAGAGCCCAUCAUGAUGGUGGAGGUUAAUGCCCCCACAGAGUUCCAGGGCUCUGUUAUCUCUCUUAUCAACAAAAGGAGUGGAAUCAUGCUUGACCAAGAAGGUGUUCUGGAUUGGUUCUCUAUUUAUGCUGAGGUACCUCUUAACAACAUGUUUGGGUUUGUGGGAGAGCUACGGUCUAUUACCCAAGGAAAGGGCGAGUUCAGCAUGGAAUACUCCAGGUAUUCCCCAGCCAGUGUUGAGGUCCAGGACAAGAUAAUACAGGCACACCAGGAGAGCAUGGGAAUAAGUCCUGUUCAGGAGAAGAAGCGAAAGAACUAAUUGUACUUUGUUACCAAAUGUGUAUAUAUUAUGGAACUGUAUAUAAAUGUAAAUAGGCUACAUUAAAUUUGUUGUACAGAUUG